AUGAUCCUAUCCAAAACCCUACGAACCCCUCAAUUAUUAUUCCGAACUGCAAAGGCAACCGACAAGGAAAGAGUUAUAAAAUUUCUGACUGACCAUUUCGCUAAAGAGGAGCCUUGUUUAAGGGCUCUAAGAUUAGGUCCAGAAACCACUGAAGCGAUUUUCAACACCACAGUAACCCGUUGCCUGAAAUACCCAUUUUCUACAGUAGUCCUUCAAGAGAAUGGAGAUUUGGCUGGGUGUCUAGUAGCGUCGGUUUGGAAUCGCACUGAUCCAAUUGGAAAUGCGGAUUUUGACGAUUCAGUCCAAUUCAUCAAUAAUGCUCAUGCGAACUUCUGGAAAAUCGCCCCGCCACAUGUCAACUCUGUUAUUCACAGAGAAAUGGGAAGUGUUGCUCCAGAAUUCACUCGUCUAGGAAUCGCCACAAAAAUGCAUCUAAAGGAACUACCGUACUCCGAUAUCAAGGACUCAAAAGGAAAUGAGAUUCUGAAAUUGGAUGAUGGAACUACAGCUCUGCGACUGAAUUACAAAGCAAUAGAGGACUAUGGAGAUCUUCCAGAAUGA